UUCUGCGCCUAAGCCCUGUGGCCCUUGUGGUUGCUUUUAGCGCAGGUCAUCCCUGCGACAGGUGGGAGGCGCCAUCCCAGGGAGCCCCGGCCAACAUCGUCCGAACGGGUCGACCAGGUGAAAGCUGCCGUCCCAUUGGUCACAUGGCACAAAAUGGCGGGGCCAGAGAACGAAAUGCUACCCCGCGCCGCCGCUCACCUCAUUCUCGGCCCACCCGACCGGGACACGGCCGGCAAGCAGACCGGGGCAGCAAAGCUCACUGAAGCUCAAGCUCACGCAGCAAGAGGCGACCAUCCGGCCAGGCCACCGCAACGCGUCAUUCGCUGGAGACUUAAUUCACACAGGAUUAUACAUUAAUUACCCUUCACCAUGAGCAUGAGCAAUCUCCAUGCGCCUACUGUCCCUUCGGGACCGACAUCUGCCCCUACUUCCAACGGCAAUGCUGCCCAUCUAUCCUUUGCUGAGCUCCAACGCAAGAAGGAUGCUAUUGAGGGGGAGCUCAAGGCGCUCAGCGGAGUGCUUGAUUCGCACGGCGUGGACAUGAACACAAACCUCCUUACCCCCGAUGGCUUUCCCAGAUCCGAUAUCGAUGUUGCGCAAAUCCGAACAACAAGGUCGCGCAUCAUCCGUCUUCGCAACGAUUACAAGGAGUUGAUGGCCUUGAUCGAGAAGCGUCUGCAUGAGCACUUUGCCAGCAUUCAGGAUGACGAAGAGCCAGCAGCUAUCCCAACUGAUCAGUCCGCUCCGCUGCCAGAUUCGGUGCCUGAGGUUUUGGAGCAGCCAUUCGCCAAGGUUAACAGUGUCGUUGACAACAGUCCGGCGGCCACAGCAGGCCUAAAGGCCGGCGAUCUGAUCCGCAGCUUUGGUUAUGUCAACCGGUCCAACCACGACAACCUCAGGAAGGUGGCAGAGUGUGUUCAGGGUAAUGAAGGGCAAAAUAUUCUCGUCAAGGUCUCUCGGAGCACCGCAGGGACACGAGCCCAAGAGCUUCGGCUAACGCUGACUCCUCGCCGCGACUGGGGCGGUAGAGGUAUGCUUGGAUGCCAUAUCUUGCCACUAUGAAAAGGCAACGGAGGCUAGAUGAUUGCCUGGAGCUAGGCAGAGGAAGAUUGUGAUACGAAUGUAGCGUCAUUGGGCACCGAAUCCGCCCAAAUUUGUGAGGGAAGAAUCAGGAUGCACCACUGCCGCCUGAAAAUGAGGCCUCUUUGGGAAUUUGCUUUGUAAUGAAGGAACAACGGACCUGAGACUGACUGGCAUUCGAAAGACGAACCAAAAAGCCAAGACGCCAGGGGUCCUCCCUCACCGUAGUAACAAAGCCAGAACCAAAACAAAACAAACGAACUUCAGACACGGCGUAUGCGCCCACCAGAACAGAAUAGAUGAAGAGGCAAAACCUUGCUCAAGAUGAUGUGCGCAACCUGGCGAAGAUUCGACAACCAUGCUCAGCUUUGUGUGACACAAUUGAAAAUUCCAGACUGCAAGAGAAAACGAGCAAACCUGGUGACAGAACAGAAAGAAAAGAAAAAGAUGGAAAUCCCAACG